AUGCUUACAGAAAACAAUUCAGAUGAACAACCUAUCAUCGUCAUGGUCAAAAGAUCCUACUGCUGCUGUUGCUGUGACUUGAAGUUUGAUAUUCCUGCUGGUCUUACUACCCUGGAAGAGAGCUGUGGUAAAAGCACAGGUAUUAUGAGACCAGGUGCUCACUGGUGUUAUUGCAGCUGUAAAAGAGUUGCUUGUAUGCUAACAAAAGCUAUUGUUAAUUAUGAUGCUCCUGUCCAUAACUGCCCUACAAAGGAUAAUGCUUAUAUCUCAGUUGAUUUAUAUUUCUCUUUCAGAAUGCCCACUUAAGUGACAGAGGUUAAAAAUUUCGUCUACAGACUAGGUGCAUCUAGAUUUGAUGAGUUACUCUAUGCUGAAAUCGAUGAGAACAUCAGAACAUUUAUUAAUGGAAUCUGGUUGAGUCAAGUAUUUGACUUGAAAGGAGAAAUGGCAGCUAAGAUGAUCUAAGAACUCAAUAGUAAAUUUGCUUAAUUUGGAGUUACCUUCGAAAACUGCAAUGUCAAAUAAGUCCUUGUAAACCAAUAACUAACUUAAGCACUCGAGGAAAAAACAAAACUCAAGUACACAUUAGCUAAUCACAUCAAAGAAUAUGAGAAUCAGAAAUUGACAUUAGAAAAUCAUGAGAACUAAGAAUUGACUGACUUGAAAAGAGAAAAUGAGAGGAAGAUGGCUGAUCUAAGAGCCUAAAUAGAGAGAGCUAAGGUUGAAUAAGAGCAAUUUAGAAUGUAAGCCAAUACAUUAUAAGAAGUAGCCAUCGUUAAAGCUGAAGAAGUUGGCUCAGUUUUAAUCACUUAAGUGGAGGGAGAGAAAUCUAUUGCUGAAUCCUAGAUAAAGGCCCAGGUUAUCGAUAUUGUUAAUAAGGCAAAGGCAUCAGCAAAUUCAAAUAUCAGAAAUACUGAGCAAAAAGCACAAGUUAUGGGAAUUGAGGCUGAAGCAAGACUCCUAGCCACAAGAGCCAAGUAUGCUGCCCUAGUCGAAGAGGGUAAAUCAGAGCUGAAAAAUCUUGAGGCCUUUGAGGCUCAAAGAAGACAUAACUACGAAAUGAGCAAGGCAAAGGCAUUCGGAGAUUUGGUGCAACAACAAAAUAACAUUGUAUUCAGUGGCAAAUCAGGAGAUGCCCUUCUCAGUCAAGCUUUGGAUUUCAGCGAGGGUCAGCAAAAUGUUAAGAAGUAAUGA